AUGGAAGAACAGGUGUUCAAGGGGGACCCAGACACUCCUCAUUCCAUCUCCUUCUCCGGCAGUGGGUUUCUCUCCUUCUACCAGGCCGGGGCCGUGGAUGCCCUUCGAGACUUGGCCCCCCGGAUGCUGGAAACCACCCAUCGCUUUGCUGGGACGUCAGCAGGUGCGGUGGUCGCGGCUCUGGUCAUCUGCGGGAUUGAAAUGGAUGAGUACCUCAGAGUCCUCAACGUAGGUGUCUCGGAGGUGAAGAAAUCCUUCCUGGGGCCCUUGUCACCGUCCUGCAAGAUGGUGCAGAUGAUGCGGCAGUUUCUGUACAGGGUCCUGCCCGAGGACUCCUAUAAGGCGGCCACAGGGAAGCUCCACGUGUCCCUCACUCGGUUCACAGAUGGAGAGAGUGUCGUGGUUUCAGAGUACACAUCCAAGGAAGAGCUCAUCGAGGCCCUCUACUGCAGCUGCUUUGUCCCCGUGUACUGUGGCCUCAUCCCCCCAACUUACCGUGGUGUGCGCUACAUCGACGGGGGCUUCACAGGCAUGCAGCCCUGCUCCUUCUGGACUGAUGCCAUUACCAUCUCCACCUUCAGUGGGCAGCAGGACAUCUGCCCCCGGGACUGCCCCGCCAUCUUCCACGACUUCCGCAUGUUCAACUGCUCCUUCCAGUUCUCCCUGGAGAACAUCGCCAGGAUGACCCAUGCCCUGUUCCCGCCGGACCUGCUCAUCCUGCACAACUACUACUACCGAGGGUACGAAGAUGCUGUUUCCUACUUGAGGCGGCUGAAUGCUGCUUACCUCAAUUCUCCCUCCAAGAGAGUGAUGUUCCCCCGCGUAGAAGUGUACUGCAAUAUAGAACUUGCCCUUGGCAAUGAGUGCCCUGAACGCAGCCAAUCAAGCCUCCAAACGGAGCAGGAAGAAUCCAUACAACCUCACACACAGUGGGCUCCUGAAGGGGAAGGAAAGUGCAGCCACGGUCCACUUGUGUCCUCACCUGUGCAGACUCCUGAAUCCACACGCGAGUGGCCUGUAGAGUCACCUGUUUCACCACCUGUCUCUUCAUUUGAGCAGUCACCUGCAUCUCCACUGGCCUCAUUACCAUCACAUUCUCCAGUUGACUUGCCCCCUCUAUCACUCCCAGCUGUGCCCUUACCACUUAGCUCCACACCUGUGCUGUCACGUGUAUCACCACAGCAGCGGGUACAAAUGACUGGAUCACCGCCAAGAUCCCCACCUUCCCAGUCAUCUCUGUCACCCAGGCCAUCCCCGGGGCCUUCAUCUGUAGGAGCAGCUCAAACACUGCCCCAGUGUUCUCCUUCAGCGUCAUCUGCACAGCCACCUGUGGAGGAAUUGGGCCCAGAACAGCCCCAAGCUCCCCUUGCCUCUUCAAAUCUGAAAGGCACCAUGUCCUUGGUUAAUGUGAAGGAAACCACCAGCAAGCCUCAAGCAAUGGGGAACCCUGCUGAAGACUCCAGCUGGAUGAGCAAGAUGUUCAAGAAGAACAAACAAAAGACAAGUAGCACCAGAAAAGGCUUCCCAAGACAUCCACCAUCCAAAAAAACAGGCGGCAAAGUGCAGUGA